AUGGAUCAACCCUUAAAAGUACAAACAAGAAACUUCGAAAUUUGUUCUUUCACACCUCCUUCUAGAUCUGAAAUACGUUACAAUAAUUAUCAACGAAGAUGCUGUCAAAAACAACUCGAAGGCUUAUACGCUCCCACAAAUCGAGCCUACAGAGAGCUAGGGCAUCCUUUGGUCGUUGAUGCAACACUUUUGAUUAAAAGUACUAUUGGUUACAUUCCUCAACGUCCUAACAUGCUGUACGGACAUGAGUCAAGCGAAUGCGCCGAAGGUGUUGGAGGCAAAAGUUGUAAUGAAGAACAGUGGAAGGGUACUUUUAACAAACUAGUUUACCAAGGGAUUGGGAUUAAUGAAAAGCCUACAGCUUAUUCAACACAGUCAGGUUCUGCAUAUAUGGAAAGAAGACGUAAACGGGGCUUCGUCGAUUUAAAGAAAGUUAUUCAGCAAUCCAAUGACAUGACAAAAUGUGUCAAGCAUGGAAGAAGCUUCUUUGGUAUGCUACGUCAAGAACUAAUACAAAAAGUAUAUAACUUCUGGUAUUUAUAUAAUCAAGUUAUAGAGUCGAGAAAAAGUCGAAUCAUACCUCCAAUUCGUGCAUAUACAUUAAAUGAGCAAAAUCACUCGAAUGGUGAAUCAGUAGAAAAGACAAUUCAUGAUAUUGAUGAAGAUGAACUACUUGAUGAAGAGCCAGAAAUACGUGAAUUAAUGAAUAAUUUAAUUGCUACUGGUUGUGAUUUAAAAAUUCCUUUAACUAAAACACAAGAAUUAUCAAAUAAAAUUAAACAAUCUGAUAAUCAUAUAAAUUCAGCUACUGAACAUCGGCGUCUUAAACAAUCUAAACAAUGGUAUAGUGAAUUGCCAAAACCUUUUACACCGAAAUUUUUCAAUAUAUGCAAACCAAAUUUUGGUAAAGAUUUAAAUUCUAAUCAACCAUAUGAAACUUAUAAGUUGAUAACUUCUAGUGAUAUAAAAGAAGAUAAAAAGGAAAAAGAUCAUGAUGGUGAUCAUGAUGGUGAUGAUGAUGAUUCAUUUAAAGAUAUUAUAUUUACACAAAUCUGUUGUGUUUUAUGGAUUAUGGAACAAAUGUACAAUUUAUCUCACCCUGAAGUUGACUUCAAAUGGAGGCCAAUAUCAGCUUCAUGGAAAUUGAGUGAUUCAUCAAUAGAAUUAGAAAAAGUAUGUGAACAACAAAAUCAACCUGAUCAAAUUUGGCAUGAUUUUGUUUAUGAUACAACGUAUAAACAAGCAAAGACUAAAUAUCAAAAUCAGCAAAUUGAUUCAAUGAAUAGUUUGAAUUCUUUACAAUCUGGUACAUUAUCAUCGGAACAAAGAUGUCCAACACCUUCAUCAUCCAUUAUGAAAUUGCAAUCAAUCAAUAAAGUGUCCAAAUUUGAUACUACUGAACAAUUAUCUGAUCAACCUUCAAUAUUAGAAGAGAAUUUCAAUGUAUCAUCAAUAAUUAAUCAAUCAGAUCAAUUAAUAUCAACAAAUGAUCUGAUUGAUUUACUUCCAAAUCAUCAAAAUAAAAUCAAUCAAAAUCUUAAUAAAAUCGAUAAUAAUAAUACAUCAAUAUCUAAUCGAAAAUGUGUGCAAUUUUUGAAAAGUGCAAAUUCUGUUAAAAAAAAUAAAAAUCAAUGGGUAAACUGUAUAAAUGAAAUUCAUAAAAUGUCAAAAGAAACCCUUAGUGAACUUGCGCAUCAGAUUGAAGUUGAAAUGGAUAAAGAAAGUUUGAAAGAAUCAGAAUUGAGAUUAACAACAAGAGGUCAAAUAACAACAAAAACUCUUGAAAAAAAGCCAGUGAAAGGUCACGUGAAUGAAGUUCCUAAAGAGUUUUCAAGUCAUAAGUUAAUAAAUUUAGUGAAUAACAUACGCAAACAAUUAUCAAUAAUGACUGAUGAGAACGCUAUUAAAUUGCAAGAUCGUUUGGAAUUUAUGAAACAAAUAAAACCAGAAAUAUGCUUGACUAAAUAUCAUAAUAUUCCUACUAAUCGUUAUACACAUAUAGCUAUGCAAUGUAUGCGUAGAAUGGCUCUUUAUAAUAAAGCAACUGCUCCAUGGUAUUUGGAUAUUUUGACUGAUUUAUGCGAUCUAAAAUCUGAACCGAAAUUUAUAACCGUUUUAUCUAAACUUAAAUUUUAUGCUCAAUUGUCACCAAGUCUAUUUACUGUGAUGUCAUUUACUCGUGUCCUGUGUUCUUUAACACUUUGGGAAAUUCUUUUACCAGCAAGUGCUGUAGCCAUUGAUUUUAUACGAACACGUAUUGUAGACAUGUCCACUGAAGAAUAUUUUGAUUGGUUAUGUCAAACGUAUCCAAAAAUCAAGGAACUUAUCACCCACAGUACGGAAGAUUAA